AUGCCUUCCUCAGCCUCCGCGAGAGGAGGACGAGGGCUCCUCUUGCCGGCGGCUGCGGCGGCGGUUGUGGUGCUACUAUUGGAUGCAGUGGCGCCAGCGGCGGGUUGCUAUCAGCGCGUGUUCAGCUUCGGGGACUCGCUGGCGGACACCGGCAACUACCCGUUCGUCUACGGCAACGACUCUGGCGCGGCCGCGCUCCGGCCACCCUACGGCGAGACCUUCUUCCACCGCGCCACCGGGCGCGCCUCCAAUGGACGCCUCGUGGUCGACUUCAUCGCGGACACACUGGGCCUCCCGUUCGUGCGGCCGUAUCUCAGCGGACGGAGCGCGGAGGACUUCGCGUGCGGGGCCAACUUCGCCGUGGGCGGCGCCACGGCGCUCAGCCCGGAUGAAAUCCGUGCAAGGGGUUUCGACAACAUGGGCAAUCAAGUGGGCCUCGACAUGGAGAUGGAGUGGUUUCGCGAUCUGCUCGACCUACUCUGCCCCGGCAACCUCGCCGGUUGCUCAGAUAUGAUGAACCAAUCUCUCUUCUUGGUUGGAGAAAUCGGGGGCAAUGACUACAACUUUCUUCUUCUUUCUGGAGUUCCCUUGGAGAAAAUUCACACCAUCACUCCGAGUGUUGUUGCGAAAAUUUCUUCUACAAUCAGCGAAUUGAUUCGGCUAGGAGCCAAGAAUCUUGUGGUUCCAGGAAACCUCCCUAUUGGAUGUGUCCCGGACUAUUUGAUGAUAUUCAAGAGUGAUAAGGAAGAGGAUUAUCAACCACAGACAGGUUGUCUUAGGUGGAUGAACGAGUUCUCACAGUACCACAACAAGCUUCUUGUGGAGGAGCUUAAGAAGCUUCGCAAGCUCCAUCCUGGAGUAACCAUCAUCUAUGCGGAUUACUUUGGAGCUGCUAUGGAGAUUUUCCUUUCCCCUGAACAAUAUGGGAUCGAACAUCCCCUAGUGGCUUGCUGUGGUGGAGAAGGACCCUAUGGUGUGUCCCCAACUACAAAAUGUGGAUUCGGAGAAUAUAAGCUGUGCGAUAACCCAGAAAAGUAUGGAUCAUGGGAUGGCUUCCAUCCAUCAGAAUCUGCAUACAGGGCCAUUGCUACGGGCCUGCUACUAGGUUCCUACACAAGUCCGUCAAUUGCUUCCACCACCACUUCAUGUCCACAGCUUAUGGAGCUCGGCUCUUCUGCUGAAUACAAACCCCUCUACGACCUGUAA